GAUAAUGUAUUUCGUUUUAUAAAGAUAGAUUUUCUCAGUGUAUGUCAUCUGUCAGUAUUGUAUUGUUUGGGUGUGGAAUAAAGGAUGUUAAACAAAGUAUUCAAUUGUAAACAAUGUGUUAUCUAUUCUUGUAAAUAGGAAUACCACAAAUUGGCGUACGAGUUGGGAUUUUCUUUCGGCAAAGUGUUGUAAAUUGAUCCGGUUUUGUUAUACUGUCGAUUUGUGCACCGUACCCGGCCUGUGUGGUGUGAAUUGCUUAUUGUGAAGGAGCGGACAUACUGCUGCCUGAUUGCUACGCGACAAGGAAGCGGCUAAACAGUUUUUUGGAUACGCGACUGGUUAGCGGUGAAUGAUAGUUUCCACAAAGGUGGUUGGAUAAGAUACGCGGCCAGGUGCGGGAAAAAUAAUACGCAGUAUUCGUGCGGGAACUGAUACGCAGCAAGGUAGCGGAAGAUUGUACUACGCAGCAAGUGAGCGGAGAUAAGCUACGCGGCACGUUAGCGGUUUGAAGCGAUUGGUAUUGGAAGCUACCGCGACAAGACAGCGACAUCUCGGUGAAACGUACUGGUUUUGAAGGACUUCAGUUUCGUUUCAUGUAAAUAUGUAAAAUUUUAAAAUGACGUUUAUGCUAAUGAUAUUGUGUUGCAGGAUGGAUUUGAACUCGAGUUUGAACAGAGCAUUCUCAAAUGUUCCGGCAUUUUCGCUGGGAGAGGUGCCAUUCAACGAACGCAGGACCAAGUGGCGCACAUGGAAACGAGGAUUUGAAAUAUACUUGCAAGCUGUAGAUAUAACGCUGGCUUCGAAGAAAAAGCAGUUAUUACUGGCUUGUGGUGGUUUCGAGCUACAAGAAAUAUUCUUUAACAUUCCUGGAGCGGAUGUUACUGAAGACUGCGAGGCUGAAAUUGAUCCAUACGUUGUGGCUAUGCAGAAGCUCGAUGAGUAUUUCGAUCCACAGCGUCAUGAAGCCCAUGAGCGUUAUUUAUUCUGGGACAUGAAACCGGAAAUGGGAGAAACUCUCGGAAAGUUUCUAAUGCGUGCCCAAGUUUGUGCGAGCAAAUGCAACUUUGGGGGCACUUCACUGGAAAGUUCGAACGUCGCAGUGGUUGAUAAAAUACUCCAGUUUGUUCCCGGAUCUUUGCGUGAGAAAUUGUUACAAAUUGAGAAUUUGACGUUGCAGGAAGCGAUUCGGCAAGUGAACGCGUACGAGAUGACAAAAGCGGCUAGUGAUCAAAUUAGUGGCCAAAAUAUAAACCAGAAACCAAAUUUGAGCUCCGAAUCUGUUAGACAAGUUCAAGCUGGUUGUAAGUUCUGUGGUCGUCCCCAUCGUUCGGGUGAGAUGUGCCCAGCCUGGAACAAGACGUGUUCGGCUUGUGGGAAGCGUGGACAUUUUCGAUCGGUUUGCUUUAGUAGGCUCAGUCUUCGGCCGGCAAAUCCAAAGGUUGUUCCCUCGGUUGUUCCUCAAUCAUUUACCAAGAGAGCUGUUGAUCAAUAUUCCGAUUCUCGUGCCGGUCCAUCGAGAAAGAUAACCAAGUUUUCUCGUCCUCAACAACCGCGUCGACUGCACGCGAUUGAAGAUUCGGAAAAUCACGAAUCGGAGACUGAACUAGUUGAAAUGGUAUCAUCUGCUAGUGAUUCGUGUGAUUUGAUUUGGGCGGAGAUUGGCGGCGUAUUGGUUGAAAUGCAAAUUGAUUCCGGUGUCCAGUCAAAUAUAAUUGAUGAUAAGACAUGGUUCAAUAUGAAUAGACAUGGUGUGGAAAUAAUUGGAGCGACUCAAAGUCCUGACCGCAAGUUCAAAGCAUAUGCACAACGGGAUUGCUUGAAUGUUAGUGUGAUGUUCGAUGCGGAAAUUAUGUUGAAUGAUUGUGGGAAACAGCUUCGGACAAUCUCACGCUUCUAUGUGGUGGAAAAUGGUCCACAGCCAUUGUUAGGCAAAGUUACUGCAAUACAGCUGGGAGUCUUGAUCGUAGGUCUGCCAAGUCAACGGGAGGCUAUUCGUUCUGUCAACGUAAGCCGGACAUUUCCAAGUAUUCGAGGAGUGAAGAUUAGUAUUCCAAUUGAUAAAUCGGUCACUCCAGUCAUGCAAAGAUUACGUAGAUUGCCCUUCGCAACCUUAGAACGAGUUGAACAGAAACUGAACGAACUUUUGGAGAAAGACAUAAUAGAGAGAGUAGAAGAACCAUCUAAGUGGGUAUCGCCAACGGUAGUUGUCGUUAAAGACAACGGAGACAUCCGCCUUUGUAUUGAUAUGAGGCAGGUGAAUAAGGCUAUCAUUCGAGAAACGCAUCCCCUUCCGACAAUUGAGGACAUUCGUUGGGCUUUAAAUGGAGCACAAUAUUUUACAAGGCUGGACAUUAAGGACGCUUUCCAUCAACUGGAGUUGGACGAUGAAAGUAAACCGUUAACAACUUUUAUCACUCACAAAGGUAAAUUAUAUUGUGUAUUAGAUUUGAUUUCGAUGUGAAUGAGAUGUUUCA